CCCCCCGCGUUCCCGUGAAGCUCUGCCCCCUGUGAAAUUCCUGCCUGCCUGGUGAUUCCUGGUUUCCACGGGCUGCUUCCUCCUGCACCUCACCGACAACUGCUUUUACAACCACUGGACAAAUGUUCACUUACGGCCCUGACGUCACAUCUCCGCCGAUAAGGGGUUGAUGUUUCCGCAGCGGGCGCCCGCAGGGUCGCUUUCCAGCCUGACCGCCGCCGCCGGCUCUCCGCCGGCCUCCUGAGCGGCCCGAUCGAUCGCCUCGGAGCCUAACGAGACGAGGGCGCCGGGAUCCGCCGCGUCUGCCAGCGGUGCAGCGGAUCGGCCUCCGCGUUGCCAUGGAUACGGAGUCCACCUACUCCGGCUAUUCCCAUUACUCCGGGCGCUCCCGGGGAUCCCACAGGCACGGGGAGCGAAGUCGGGACCGGCACAAGUCACGCAGCAAAGACAGUCGUUCGGAGAAGUCCGUCACCAUCAACACGCCGCCCGCCGAGCCGCUGCUGGGCGAUUCUUCGCUGCGGGGCGAGCAGGUCCAGGAUGAUAACUGGGGGGAGACCACCACCGCCGUCACCGGCACCUCGGAGCACAGCCUCUCCCAGGAGGACAUCGUCCGCAUCACCAAAGACCUGGAGGACAGCGUGGGGCUGGACUGCCGCCGCUACGUCACCCUCUCCAUCGCCGUGAUCCUGGGCCUGCUGGUGUUCUUCACGCCGCUCGCCUUCCUCGUGUUGCCUCACAUCCUCUGGCCGGAGAAGCUGCAGAGCUGCGGGACGGCCUGCGAGGGGCUCUUCAUCUCCGUGGCCUUCAAGCUGCUCAUCCUGCUGCUGGCGGUCUGGGCGCUCUUCUUCCGGCCGGCGCGGGCCGGACUCCCGCGUGUCUUUGUCUUCCGGAUCCUGCUGGCGGUGCUGGUGCUCCUCUUCGUCAUCUCCUACUGGCUCUUCUACAGUGUCCGGAUACUCGACUCACAAGAUGAGAACUACCAGGGCAUUGUGCAGUACGCGGUGUCCCUGGUGGACGCGCUGCUCUUCAUCCACUACCUGGCCGUCGUCCUGCUGGAGCUCCGGCAGCUCCAGCCAUGUUUCUCCGUCUGCGUCACGCGGGCCACAGACGGCGAGACGCGGCACUACAACCUCGGACAGCUCAGUAUUCAGCGGGCCGCCCUGGCCAUCAUAGAGCACUACUACUGCGACUUCCCCAUCCACAACCCGGCUCUGCUUUCCGCCUCCAAGUGGGCGGCCAAGCAUCUGGCCGGCCUCAAGGUCUACAACGUGGACGACGUCUUUGAGGCUAGACUGAAAGCCUACCUGUGGGACAGUCCGGGGAACAACGCCUCAGCGGGAAUCGCGCAGUCCCAGUCCAGAGCCAUGAUCGCGGCUGCAGCUCGGCGCCGAGACACCAGCCACAACGAGCUCUACUACGAAGAGGCCGAGCACGAGAGGCGCGUCCGCAAACGCAGAGCGCGACUGGUGGUGGCAGUAGAGGAGGCCUUCACCCACAUCAAGCGCAUGCAGGAGGAGGAGCCGAAGAAGGCCCCGGGGGACGUGAUGGACCCCCGAGAGGCGGCUCAGGCCAUCUUCCCCUCCAUGGCGCGCGCCUUGCAGAAGUACCUGAGGACCACCAAGCAGCAGCACUGCCACAGCAUGGAGAGCAUCCAGCAGCACCUGGCCUUCUGCAUCACCAACAACCUGACGCCGAAGGCGUUCCUGGAGAGCUACCUGUCGCCGGGGCCCACCCUGCAGUACGGUAAGGACCACUGGCUGGGCCGCCGCUGGACGCUGAUCAGCGAGGCGUCGGUCACCAGCGGCCUGAAGGACGGAAGCGUCUUCUUACUCAAGUGUGUGGACUUCAGCCUGGUGGUGACGGCCAGGAAGAUCCCUUACGUCCAGAUGUCGGAGGAAUACAUCGACCCCAAAUCUCACAAGUUUGUCCUGCGACUACAGUCUGAAACCUCGGUUUAGGACAACAGCUACUUUUCAGUUGUGUUUUUUAUUCCUCACCAUGUCAAAUUGCUUUCAAAUG